CUCUACCUUUUAGCUAAUUUUUUUUAUACUGUUGAAGCGAUCGUAAUGGAAACUGGAUUUAAUGGGAAUAGCUGAAACCUUUGCAGCCUAAUGCCUUAUACCGGCGAGAAAAUCAAUUUGAAUGUAACCAGUAGCAACCAGUAGUCUGCAGCGGGAACUUGGAGGGAGCUGUUAAUUUAUAGCUGCCGAAUCAGCCAGCAAAAGUCAAGUAGAAAAUCAACCCCUAGCGUACCACAUCUUACGCCAGCGACAACCAGUGGGAGUUCCGUCAUUGGUCACAACUCUUAUUCUGGUGUGCCCAGUCAUAAUCAACGUGAAGUAAAUCAACGACUUCUAGUAGAGUUGGAAUUUGCUUAUUGUUUUAGACCGUCACAAGAUAACGGAACCAGUUGCAGACAUGGAGCCUACCACUGCUGUGCCCAGCGUAGCCAACGCUCAGACAGUUCCCGUUAACUCCAAGAGGGCUACUCAACAAGGCCGCAAGAAGUCUGGACCGAAGUUCGAGCUGUCCGAGGCGCAGAAAUCAGACAUUAAGGAGGCCUUUGACCUAUUUGAUAACGAAUGCACUGGCUUCAUCGAGGUUAAAGAACUAAAGGUUGCCAUCAGAGCUUUGGGCUUCGAGCCUAAAAAGGAAGAGAUCAAGCGGAUGAUCGCCGAGAUCGACAAGGACUGCAGUGGACGGAUAUCGUUUAACGACUUUUUGCACCUGAUGACUAUGAAGAUGGCCGAGAAGGACACUAAGGAAGAGAUACUAAAAGCUUUUCGGCUAUUUGAUGACGACGAGACUGGGAAGAUUUCUUUCAAAAACCUUAAAAGAGUGGCCCGUGAACUAGGCGAAACGCUGACUGACGAGGAGUUGCGCGAGAUGAUCGACGAGGCUGAUUUGGACAACGACGGUGAGGUCAACCAGGAAGAGUUUCUGCGAAUCAUGAAGAAGACCAGUUUGUACUAGAGGGCGCUCGUCCUGAUUAUCCCAUUCCAUUUCGUGAAAUCUUCAAGAUUCGAAAAAGUUUUCGGAAUCGCGAGUUCACUAAAGCCCGAAUAGACUUAGUGUUAAAUAUCCAUUGCCCUAUGGCUGGCAGCCAUAAGCCUCUAGUCUUACUAUUUUAAUGUACCAGCGAAGAUUUACUUUCUGUAUUUUUCCACAAUAAUCUCGAACACUUAAUGUAAAAUCAAAUAAAUGCUGAAACUACAAAUACAGAAAAAUGAUUACUUCGCUGAACCAA